UUCAACACCACUUCACUUCUUCAACCACGGAAAAGCUACAUCUUGUCACUAACCAACUACACAGAAUCAAUCAUCCCAUCCAUCAUGGCAUUCAUCUCCCUGUGUUUCUUGUUAUCAGCCAUCAUCACAAUUCCCACAUUCUUUCUGCUCAAAUAUCUCUCCUUCAAACAAGUGAAAUUGCCACUCCCACCAGGCACCAUGGGAUGGCCUUACAUUGGAGAAACCUUCCAACUCUACUCGCAAAAUCCCAACACUUUCUUUGCCUCCAAAGUCAAAAGGUAUGGUUCGAUAUUCAAGACUCACAUAUUGGGAUGCCGUUGUGUGAUGAUUUCCAGCCCCGAAGCAGCAAGACUUGUCCUGGUGUCCAAAGCCCAUCUCUUCAAGCCUACAUUCCCUGCUAGCAAAGAAAGGAUGUUAGGCAAACAGGCCAUAUUCUUCCACCAAGGUGAAUACCAUGCCAAGCUUAGGAAGCUCGUGCUCAGAGCAUUCAUGCCGGACUCAAUCAAGAGUAUCGUGUCCGACAUCGAAUCAAUAGCUGUUAACUCGCUACAAUCCUGGGAAGGCAAAUUGAUCACCACUUACCAAGAAAUGAAAACAUAUGCCUUCAAUGUGGCAUUACUUUCCAUACUAGGAAAGGAUGAAGUUCUGUACAGGGAGGACUUAAAGAGGUGCUAUUACAUUCUUGAAAAGGGGUACAAUUCGAUGCCGAUCAACCUUCCCGGGACACUCUUCCACAAGGCCAUGAAGGCGAGGAAGGAAUUAGCACAAAUCUUGGCCAAAAUCUUGUCACUUAGAAGAGAAACAAAGCAAGACCACAACGACUUGCUGGGCUCAUUCAUGGGUGAUGCAGAAGGUCUAACCGAUGAGCAAAUUGCAGACAACAUUAUUGGUGUGAUUUUCGCUGCCCGCGACACCACAGCCAGUAUCUUAACUUGGAUUCUCAAGUACCUAGCUGAAAAUCCAAGUAUUCUGCAAACAGUCACUGAAGAGCAAGAGGCAAUAAUAAAGGACAAAGAACAGCGAGGUGAGGAGAAAGGUCUGAAUUGGGCAGACGCAAAGAAGAUGCCGAUUACCACGAGGGUUAUCAAAGAAACUCUCAGGGUUGCCUCAAUCUUGUCCUUUACCUUCAGGGAAGCUGUUGAAGAUGUCGAGUUUAAUGGAUAUCUAAUUCCAAAAGGGUGGAAAGUUUUACCUCUGUUCAGAAACAUUCACCACAGCCCCGACAAUUUCCCAGAGCCAGAGAAGUUUGAUCCUUCAAGAUUUGAGGCUGCACCAAAGCCCAAUACAUUCAUGCCAUUUGGCAAUGGGAUACACUCGUGCCCAGGGAAUGAACUGGCCAAGCUGGAGAUUUUGGUUCUAUUACACCAUCUAACCACAAAAUACAAGUGGUCUAUGAUGACCCCACAAAAUGGGAUCCAGUAUGGACCCUUUCCUCUUCCCCAGAAUGGAUUGCCCAUCAAAAUCUACAGCAAGAAAUAAUAUCCCAAUUCAUGUUUCCGAGCCUAACCCAAGUUUCCAACUAUAGUACAGAGUACUAUCCAAGAAACAAUUGUUCAUUUUCUUUUCAUAAAGAACGAUGGAAAAUGAAACAUCCAAAGUAAUGGGGAAAUUCAGAAGACACCCCCCCCACCCCCCCCCCCCCCCCCCCCACACAAGCACCAGAAGAAGAUUUCUGGUUUACAACAGCAAGGGAAAGCCAAUUGUACAUAAGUUCGAAGAAUUGCCUGAGAAAAGAGUAUAGCCCACAUAUUCAUUUUCUUUAUUGGAUGAGAAACUCAAGGAUUAAAGGAUAACAAUUAAGCUAGCAUGUAACUAGGCAAUAUUCUUUUUGUCCUAUAUGUUCUUUUUUCCUCGCUUCGGUUAUUUUGGUACUUAAUCUAACAUGUAAAAAAGUCCGCAAGGCAAGGAAUAAUAUAAGAAAAUCGACCGACUUUCAGAGUA